UUGACCGCGGCCACAAGUUGUAACCUUCUCUUCUCUCGUCUCGUCUUGUCUUGUCGCACUAUCGAACUCCGCCACUUCCCAAAGGUCUUCCUUUUCCACCCGAGCACCUAGGUAUAAUUGAGACAGACUUUCUGCGGUCCGUCAAAUCCGUCACUGCAGUACCUAGGUAGCUCUGGACACAGAAGCCGGAUAUAGUUGGCUUCCAACUUGAAUUUUGUUUUGGAGUUUCAUCAAGUACUCACGCUUUGAAUACUUGUUAAGAGACAUACAUUGUACAUACGUACCAGGAAUCGGCCUUAUGAGAUAAGUGCCUCUUCAAAAUAUCAUCGUAUUUUACUGGUAGCACGGGGCCCGCUACGCAGAUCCAAGAAGUCCCACGCAUCAACGAUCGCAAUCAUCUUUCCUAUUAUUAACUACCAGCAAUAACAAACCAACUUCUGAGCAGAAAAGCAUCGGAAAGAGUUUACCGCCAGUGUACAUAUAGGCAGAUUUUUACCACUCUACUGCCCUAAAAUAAGGUGCUCGCCUUAACUUUUUUUCUACCGCCCGGAGUCUGCCAUAGUCAGUCCCCCGGGUGCUUCCCACUUCCGCAUCCCGAUUUGAACUGAACGGUGUAUCGGGAAGGCGGAGAAGAAAAUAUCAGAAAUUACAUACGGGACAGACGAUUUGAGUAUCCAUUGCUGGACAGAUUCCGGAUUACACCAUCCCAAGAUACAGAUCUUGGCGAAAUCGUCGUUGGCCACGGUUUCCACGCAGCUCAAAACCAGUACAGCCCUACAGACGACCAGUAUCCCGACACACUCAGUCCCUGCUGACACCCCGGCAGCAGGCAACCUACAGUAACAGCCUUGUAACCGUUAGAGUCAUCAUGGCUCUCGUCACCGACCUCUCGGACCACCUUGCCCUCAUCACCGGCGCGACAGGUGGCAUCGGCCACGCGACAUCGCUGGCUCUGGCACGCCUCGGCUGCUCCAUAGCAGUGCACUAUCACAGCGCAGAUGAGACAGCCUCGACUCUCGUCUCGACGCUGCAGUCCCUGGGUGUGCGGGCCGUAGCGUUCCGCGCCGAUCUGAGUUCAUAUGACGACACACGCGAGCUGCAUGCAGCCGUCGUUCGCGAAAUGGGCCAUCCUACCAUCUUGUUCAAUAAUGCCGGUACCACACUGGGUAAGAGUGGGAUCAAGGACGUCACUGAAGUCACCGUCGAAGACUUCGAGGCCACCUGGCGGGCGAACUGCGGGACGGCUUUUCUGCUCACUCAGUUAUGCAUUCCGGCCAUGCUGGAGAAGGGGUGGGGUCGCGUCAUAUUCUGCUCCAGUGUUGCUGGAUUCACUGGCGGCGUGGUUGGGCCGCAUUAUGCAUCAUCGAAAUCGGCCAUGCACGGCCUGAUCCACUGGCUGGCUGGAGCAUAUGGAAAAAGGGGAAUUACUGUCAAUGGUGUUGCGCCGGCUUUGAUCGAGGACACCAAAAUGUUGCCUUCGGGUCCAGAGUUGGCUUCCAAAAUCCCAAUAGGCAGGCUGGGAAAGCCCGAAGAGAUUGCCGAAACCGUUGUAUGGAUGGUCAAGACUGGAUACGUGCACAACAAAGUAGUGGGCGUCGACGGAGGAAUGUUCAUACAGUGAGCGUAGCAGACCCACUUGCAUCUGACUUUGGGGUAAUUCCAUUUCCACAAUUUCACCCGCCGG